UCGGGUCGGACUCGGAGCUCCAUCCCACAUUGCGGCUCUAACUUGAUUAAAUCCGCAGAUGAUUCACGCUGUGACUGCGACCAUGUGCUAAUCAGCUGAUGCGCCACAGCCGCCUCUAUUUAACUGCUGCUCGGCUCAAACCUCCUGCUGAACGCGCUGUCCCUCCAUCACACGCCGGCUCACGCACAACAUGCCUCCGUUUGACAAAACCCAGCUGCACGACAAACCCUUCAAACAGCGGAAGAGCUUCGCAACCAGGAAACAAGAAGUGGCGGGGAUCAGGUCCAAGUUCCCCAACAAAAUCCCGGUGAUCAUCGAGCGGUACGAGAGGGAGAAAUAUCUUCCUCCGCUGGAUAAAACCAAGUUCCUGGUGCCGCAUGAACUCACGAUGACCCAGUUUGUCACCAUCAUCAGGAACCGCAUGGCCCUGCUGCCCACUCAGGCCUUCUACCUGCUCAUCAACAGCAGCGGGCUGGCCAGCAUGUCUCUCACCAUGGCUCAGGUGUACAAAGACCACCAGGACGAGGACGGCUUCCUCUACAUGACCUACACCUCGCAGGAGAUGUUCGGACACUGACACAGCCCGCUUCCCCCUUCAGAUUUUAUUCAGUGUUAAAGGCCGCCGGCCUCCAUAUCUGCUGUAAAUAGAAAAAUAUUUGUAUAUAUUGUAACAUUUGUCGGACAUGUUGAUUU